AUGACACCGGCAAGACCGGCAGCCUUAGUCUUCGCCCUGGUCACGGGCCGCGUCGCCAGCUUUGUCCACCCGCCAGUUUUUUCUUCGCCGCACGUGAUCGCUAGCUCAACACAGAGACGAGCGGUGGGGCCGCAUGCACCAAAGGCCUCAACACUGAGUGCUGCUGCAAUGACAACGACGACCACCGCAAGCUGUCGAUGCAACACAGCAAGAAUGUUGAUGCCGAUGUGGGGUGCAACCCAGCAGCCCAGGCUGCUGCCCCAACACCACCGGCCAGCGGCCUUCGGCAGGCAGAAGGCUGCUGCACCCACAAACGCGGCGCAAUUGGUCACCGUUCGCACCCGGUCGACAGCGCGGCGGACCAUGCCCAACACAGUGCUAGCGGCUGGGCAGCAGCAACAGCCGGCGGGAGCACAUCCCGCGGGAGGGUACCCACCGCCAGAGCACCUCCAUGGCAUCUUCGCCGUCUACAAGCCGAAGGGCUUUUCCUCGGCUGACGUAGUCCAGAAGAUCAAGGCGCGACUAGCCUUGGAGAGGGAUGUCGUGGUUUCAGAGGAGGGAGGCGAAGGAGAAGAGAAGACGGAAGCGUCGGCGGCAGCCGGAAAACCAGUAGAAGGGUCGUCAAAGGAGGGGGAGGGAGAGGGCUCCGAGUCCCCGAAGAAGAAGAGCAGGAAGAGGCCUCGCCGGCGGCAACCAGGGCCCAAGGUAAAGGUUGGGCACGGCGGUACCCUGGACCCCAUGGCCACGGGGGUGCUGGUGAUAGGCGUGGGAAAAGGAUGCCGCGAGCUGAGCAACUUUCUUCAGGUGUGA